ACGCGCGUCAGAAGUUUUACAUCGAACGUCUCCACGGGAAAACACUAACGUGGACCAUCGCAGACGCGAGAGUCGCGUCCGCGGCCGAAAAGUUUUAUGGGAGUUGUUAGACUAAACGGCUAUGGCUAACGGCGGAGGAGGAGAAGAAGAGGAGGAGGAGGAGGACGACGAGGAAGAAGAAGAGGAGGAGGAGGAGGAGGAAGAAGAAGAAGAAGAAGAAGAAGAAGAAGAAGAAGAAGAAGAAGAAGAAGAAGAAGAAGAAUGCAAGGAAGAUGAAGCAGCUUCGAAAAAAAAUAAAAAAUAUAAUGGCUAUGGCUAACGGAGGAGGAGAUGAAGAGGAGGAGGAGGAGGAAGAAGACGAAGAAGAAGAAGAAGAAGAAGAAGAAGAAGAAGAAGAAGAAGAAGAAGAAGAAGGAGGAGGAGGAGGAGGAGGAGAAGGAGGAGGAGGAGGAGAAGAAGAAGAAGAAGAAGAAGGAGGAGGAGGAGGAGGAGGAGGAGAGGAAGAAGAGGAAGAAGAGGGAGAAGAAGGAGAAGAAGGAGAAGAAGGAGAAGGAGAAGCAGGAGUGCGUGAUGGAGUGGCUCGUUGGCAGGGGGCGCGAUGGCACAGCUGGCUGGUGGAGGCGACGAUAGUGCUGCUGCACCCCGCGGAGACCUACCGACAACGGCGCGGCUGCUCCGAGUUAUGGCACGGCUGCUGGCGGUGGCGACGAUGGCACAGCUAGCUGUCGGAGGCGACGACGGAGUGGCUGCACAGAGUGGAGGCGAGCGGGGUUGAAUGCACGAUGCGUUUUCCCG